AAGUGCCUUGGCAUCGAUGCCAACAACCGGCGCGAACAGUGCCUUGAGACGCGGCGCCGCACGAACGAAAGUUGCGAACGAAGUUGGCCACGUUCGCGCCGAGCGCGCUCGGCCUCCUCAUUGGCCAUUGACCCGCGCCGGCUGGCGGCGAUUGGUCGGGAGCGGAAACGGAGCGAUGCCUCGCUGGCGCGACGUCACGAGUGUCGCGCGAUCAACCCCGGUUAUCGGCGCGAGGGAGAAAUCGAAGGUGCGCGCGCGCAACCGUGUCCGUCCGUCCGGCCGCAAUUACGCACGGAUACACCCACGCGAAUAUUCCUAUCGUCGCGACGCAGAUGCACGUGCGCGCGAGAGAGCGCGUUACGUAUCGGCGCGUAUCGCGACUCGCGCGCCUGCGAUAUUCGGAAGUCGCGGGAGCAUCGACGGGCGCGGCGGGCCAGCAGUGCGCGCGCGAUGCGGUCGCGGUGUGGUGGUGACGCGCUCGUUGCACUCGACCGAUCGACUGCGGGAUAGUGGUGGUAGUAAUAGUAGUAGUAGUGACUCGAUGUUCGUGCGUGGACGGUUGAGAUAAGCAGCGCGGGGGACUGAGUGCGCGCGGAUCCCGUUUCGCCUUCGGUUUUCUCGGUCUCGUUCUCGCGUUUGACCGUUCGCCUCGCCCGCGUCCGCCAACGCGCGGUCUGCCGCGUUAGACUCGCGUCGCCGUCCUCCACAGGCCACACUCGUCCUGCCGAUGUAACGGACGCACACACGCUCGCACGAUGCUCAAAGACCACUCACCGAUCGCCCAGGCGCUCCUCGGCACCCUGUUCACGUGGGCGCUUACCGCGGCCGGCGCUGCGCUGGUUGUCGUCAUUCGAGGGAAACAACGCAAGCUCCUCGAUGUCAGCCUGGGGUUUGCUGCUGGCGUGAUGCUUGCCGCGAGUUACUGGUCAUUGUUGGCACCAGCGAUUGAGAUGGCAACCGAGAGCAAGAUAUACGGAGCGGAGGGCGAGUACGCGUUCGUGCCGGUCGCAGUUGGACUUCUUGUCGGCGCGGCGUUCGUAUACGGGACGGACGUGUUGAUAUCUACCCUCGGCAUUCAGUCCCCCAAUGUGCUUUUAGCUAUGCAAUCAGUCGGUACGAAACAAAGACGCAAAGUUAUUGCGAAACUAAAGAGUGACGAGGACUUAGACGAUGAUCAUGAUCAGUUAAUUAACAACGUACAGAUUUCCGGUGGAAAGAUAUGCACUCGCGUCGGGUCGACCACUAUCGACGGCUUCUACGAACAGAAUAGUAGACGUCGACAAAUCACGAAUAUUAACAGAACACCGGAAUCGGCGGAAAUCGGGACAAUUUAUGAAGAUCCUAAUAAUGAAGCGAAAAACAACCAGUGGCGAAGGAUAUUACUACUAGUUGUUGCAAUUACGGUACAUAAUAUUCCUGAAGGCCUUGCAGUUGGUGUAGGCUUUGGCGCAGUAGGCAGUAGCUCAUCUGCAACAUUCGAGAAUGCAAGAAAUCUCGCGAUUGGGAUCGGGAUACAAAAUUUUCCAGAAGGAUUGGCAGUGUCUCUACCUCUCCAAGCCGCUGGACUUAGCACAUUGAAGAGCUUCUGGUACGGCCAGCUCUCGGGGAUGGUGGAGCCUAUCGCCGGUGUCCUUGGCGCGGCCGGAGUGACGCUCGCCGCACCUGUGCUACCUUAUGCACUUGCCUUCGCAGCCGGUGCGAUGAUCUACGUCGUGAUCGAUGACAUCAUCCCGGAAGCGCACCAAAGCGGAAACGGCAAACUCGCCAGCUGGGCUGCCAUCGUUGGUUUCCUGGUGAUGAUGUCCUUAGAUGUUGGCUUAGGUUAAGGACGUCCUUUCCAAUGUCAUAAUCUUCUGCGGACGUGUAAAAAUCAUAGGAUAAUCGUAUUUGCAGUCGUGGAGGGAAACAAUCUUUCCCCGUGACUCGCGACAUUCAUCGAACAAUAUUACGUUUCCUUAAGUCAAAAAUCAAGUGCGAUAGCGAUGACGGAAGUUUCCAUUCUUAGUUUUUAUUUAUUCAGCGAAGCGUAUGACGUCUUUAUUUCCUGAAGAAUCACGAGAGUCGAACGAGAGUAGCAAAGUAAUGAAUAUAUCCAAUCAUGAACACUUUCCCGUGAUUCCUGAUUUUCCUCGAGGAAUAGAUUCCGAUACAGGAAAUUAUUGUGUAACUGUUAAACGCGUGUUACGCUUUAGACGCGAUUCGCGAUUGCACGACAAAAUAUCAGGGAUUGAGACUGGUAUAAUUCUAGAUUAUAGGAUUAGAUUAUAGGAUUAGAAUUUCAUUUUUUCAAAAUAAAAGUAAUGAAAGAUCGAUUUUAAGACAGUGAUACGUGUCCAUUGUCAUGGCAUACGAAUCAUAAGAGUCAUUUUCAUAUAUUUAUAACAUCAAGACAUUUAAAUUAAUCGAAAAUAUCAUUAUAUAGUAUAAUUAUUAUAUCAAUUUUAUUCACCUGUAAAACAUAAGUCAAUUCACAUCGGAAAUCAUGUUUCAAUCCUGAUUUUCAUCAAUCUAUAAUUUGAUGCUCGAUGGACAUAAAACCUAGGUUAUAUAAGUGCUCUAAGCAUAUUUUCCUUCGCUGGCAAGUAUUUUCAGCCUCUCUAAAACGCAUUUUACUUCGCAAAUGUCUUCCUUGUAUCUAGUCCUCCUUGAUGUGGUUCAGGAAGUCAAAUUAGGUCGAAGAUGUGCGAACCGGACUUAAGUUCGAACAUCGAAAUCGAUGUUUCGCGGUAUUCGCUGAAACAGUUGCGAAAAACCAAUUAUUAAUAGAUAAAACAAUUUAAAUAAUAUACAGCGUCGAGAAUUGUCGGUAUCUUACAGAAAGUCAGCCUUAAUUAUUCAUAAACAUCAUGAUCUUUUUAGGUACAAUGAAAUCUUUAAAAGUACAAAAUUUGCUUCAUUUGUUGAUUGAAAUAUUUGUUUCGAAAACCCAAAGCUUAUAAUAAUUUCUUUUAUUCGAUUGACCUUGUACACCUUCCUGAAACGGUGCUCUCGAGAUCAGUAAGAAUUUCGUAAUCUGCAAGUGUCGCUCGCUCACGCGCGCGACAGCGCGCACGCAAUCGCCGACUUCAUUUUCGUGCCUGGAAGGUAAAUCUGUACAUAUAUUUAUUACGUUACAAUGUGCCCUUUCUAAUCACAGACCGCGCAUAUGUGCAAUUUUGUUCUUAUAGCGUCAUGGCGUUUAUGCCGGUGCACGUAACGAGGUUGCUGCUACAUGCCCGUUGGCACAAGAAUAAAUCACCACGUGAAAUCUGACGCAUGCCUCUCCCUCUUUUCCUCUCGUUUAUGAUACAGCUUGGAAAAAGCUCUCUUUUUUUAAUGAUAGGUCGAGUGGAUUAAAUGAGAUGUUUAACUGCUUUUAAGAAUCAUGUUAUUUUUAUGUUUUAUUUUAGGACAUUAAUUUUUCUCCUUCCAUUGCACGUAAUAUUUAUUUCUGACAGGCACAGGAGAAUGUAAUAUCUAAUUUUUAUUAUUAAGAGCAAUCAUCGCGAGUUGGGAUAUCAAGAUCAAUAUCUCUUGAUAGGCGUACUCACGGUAAUUGAAAGGUACAGAUCGAUCAUUGAUAUCUGAUUCUCGACGUUGUAUACUUUCUUAUAUAAGAUAUAGAGACUAUAUUUUAAUAUACUGUCGAUAGCGAAGUAUUAGCAAUAUGUAUAUAUAUAUAUAUAUACGUGUGUCGACACUCGCGUAUGUAUAAAUCCAUGAUGUAAAAAGUUAAGGCGAAACGAAUUGAUAUCGAGUUUUAUAUCGUUUAAUCAUUAAUGUGCUAUGAAACAAAUUUCCUUUGAGGUUAUUCUACUACGCUGUUCUCACUAUAUGCAAUAAUGUCCUCUUUAGGUGUAACUUCUGCACAUACUUUCCUAUUUUUGAUCUCUCACUCUUCGACGCACGAUUAUAUAUAUAUUAUAUCUCAUUUUAAGUCGAGGAAGUGUAGCAGGAUGCAAUUAAGAAGGGCUGAUCCCCGGCCUUUUCGCGUUAUGUACGUAGAAUUAUCUAUUCCUCGUAUUAAUUUCAUUAAAAUAAACCGUCCGGUUUCAUGGGCGUCGAGAACCAGCUCCCGCGUCAUAACUUGAAAUAACAGUUAAAUGACUAUUUUGAAUGACCUUUUUGUUUCAAAUAAUUUUAAGCAUUUAUUGAAACAGACGAAUGUUGUUUUUGUAGAAUGUAAUAAUAGAUUUGCAGGACGAAAUUGUUAAUUUCGAAGUCAAUUGGACUUUUGUUCGGAGAAUAUUUUCUAUUAUCGUAUUAAUGAUCGAUGAUGCAUCUUCUCGACGAUCCUCAAUCCGGACAAUCGAUACAAUUGCUAUUCAAAGAGUACGGAAGACCACCGACGCUUGGUUUACAUUAAACCAGUGCGAACGAGCAUCAGCCAUUGGAAGCUUCGACGAUGGAAGCGAAGGUCGUCUCGAUCAACGUCGACGGUCACUAUAAACGUGCACGAACGGUGCUUUAGCGAAAUGUAUUUUUUGUAAUUAAUCGUGUAAUUACGCGGAUCAUGUGAUUAUACGGAUAUCAUGUUAUAGGUAAUUAGGCAGUGGUACAGUCAAUUGUAAAAUUUGUGCGGCCAUUUAUGUAAAUUGUUCAAAUCUACGCUUGUCUGUUGCUGCUUUAACUCGGCGACUAGUACUUGAUUAGAGAGAGAAAAUCCACAAUACCGUGAUCAAUAGCAUGUUUUAAUUAAAAUACUUUUAUUGCUGAUACGUAUAGCAAGAGUACAUCGCGUAUGGCUGUUUCUCCAUUUGAUAAAUCUUUUUAGCUGGAAGCGGCGAUCCAAUUUUUCAAUUAACUUAAGUGCCUAUAAUUUGAAUUAUGUAUACCUAUGUAAUUGGAAUGUUAUUCAUGUAAACAGGAUAUACAGGACGAUGAAGGAA